UGAGUUUGGCGUUUGGAUUUGAUUGUUUUGCUUUUUGUUAGUCCGAAUAUGGGAUUUUUGGUCUUAAAGUUGAAGAUUUUCUGAUUUUACUGGAUUUUAAGAUAAACAAGUGGUACUGAGUUCAGAUAAUAAAAUGAAACUAAACGACUAAUUCAAUUUUAGGUUUAUUUGUAGUUUUUGAACACCUACCAGUAUGGUGUCCUACUUCAAAAAAUCUUCUGCGGAGUGGAUCAUAGACCAAUUAAACGUUGAAAAUGCAAAGUUAUUGGCAUUUGUUUUAGUAAUCGGAUUUAUUGGUUAUCACGGUGCUCUACACCUUCGAUAUGGUCCUGAUUCAUGUACAUGGUUGCUGUCAUCUGGCCGAUACAAAGCUGACCACGAAUGGCAGCCCUACGGUUGCAUGUUACACAGAUACUCAAAAACAGACGCGCGGCGUUGCCUGCGGUACCUGGCUUUCUGGGGAAAGUACAACAGCUUCGCUUUCAUUGGAGACUCCAGACUGGAACAACUCUAUGAAUAUUUUAUAGGGGUCCUCAAAACGCGGCUGGAUCUAGAUUCUUCAUACUCCUUGGACCACCGGUCUCCGAACUACACGUAUCUGGACACGAAGUUGAGGCUGUCUGUGACCUUCAUAUGGAGUGACGACGUCUCCAGGACUAUGGUGGAACAGUUUAGAAAGUGGCAAAUUUCUGAUAAACCGCCAUCAGUCAUAGUGGCAACCACAGGCCUCCAACUGCUCAAAACUCGGAACACCACCGAACUAGUCCUAGAGGAAUACAAAAGGAACCUUACGCAGUUGGUGCAAGCUAUAGAUUCGCUUGCAGCCAGAGAUACGCGCGUGCUCUGGAAACUGAUUGAGUCUGUGGAGACAGCCAAGUUGAAGAAUGACUACACGAGGAUAAAUAAUGCGGAUAUUGAUAAUUAUAACAGAGCGGCCAUUGAGAUUCUUACGCACAGCGCAGCAAAAAUCUGGAGCUCCCCUCGGCUCGUGUCAAGCGGCGCCAUAUCCUCCGACGGUUUGAGUCUGAGUGACACGGCACUCAGACACUCCGCUCAGAUAUUGCUCAACAUGUUCUGCAACGACCACAUGAACUUCAACGACGGGUCGUGCUGCGCUCAACCUGAGCCUUACACUCAACUGCAAAUUGUUACGUUCGCGCUCUUUCUACUAUGUUGCGUGGUGGCGAUAGUGCGUCAAGCAUGGCAGUGGUGGCAACCCCGUAUGAGAGGCUACAGACCGGUGUCCCCCGACAGCGGCCGCGCCCCUCCCUCCUCCUCCCCCGCCGCCUCCCCCUCCCCCUCCCCAGCCACCGCCCUCGCCCGGCUCGGCAUGAUAAUGACGUACUUCUACCUCUGCGAUCGCACCAAUUUCUUCAUGAAGGAGAAUAAGUAUUAUUCCGAGUGGAGCUUCUGGUUGCCCGUUGGGUAUGUCGUGGCGUUGGGCUUGUUCUUCACUGACGAUUCUAGGUCGAGCAAGUUACUCCACCGGCAACAAACAGACGAAUGGAAAGGCUGGAUGCAACUAGUUAUACUGGUAUAUCAAGUGACAGGAGCCAGUAAAAUACUACCCAUAUAUAUGCUAGUGCGGGCACUAGUAUCCGCAUACCUGUUCCUAACUGGAUACGGACAUUUCUACUACACGUGGAAAACCGGUGACACGGGCCUAGUACGAUAUUUCAGAGUGAUUUUUAGAUUGAAUUUCCUAACCGUAGUACUGUGUUUGACUAUGAAUAGACCGUACCAGUUCUACAGUUUUAUACCGUUGGUUUCGUUCUGGUAUACGCUGAUGUUCGUAAUCUUCGCCCUGCCGCCGCACAUCACACAAUCGUCUACGCACACACUCGAGUCCAAACCUUAUCAAUACCUCUACAUAGCUCUCAAAGUAAUCGGUCUAUUUAGCAUUGUGACCGUUCUGUAUAUGAGCGAGGUGUUUUUCCAAAAGAUCUUCGUGACUAGACCUUGGAAGGCGCUGUUUGUGAACUCUGACGACGACAUACACCAGUGGUGGCUGCAGUGGAAGCAGGACAGAUACUCGAUGAUCUUCGGAAUGAUAUUCGCCGCGGCGUACCUUCUCGCCCAACGCUACAACUUUCUCGACGACAACAAUCAUAGCAACUUGUUCACUCCAGGAGUGUCUUUGAGCGCCACACUCCUAGCUUUCAUAGGCAUCGGAAGCUACGUCACGUUCACCUUCUUAUGCACAAACAUAUUCGAAUGCAAUGAGAUACAUAGCUACGUCGCUUUUCUGCCUAUAGUGAGUUACAUCAUACUGAGAAACGUAUCGGGCGCAUUGAGAAUGCGACAUUCGACUAUGUUCGCGUGGUUUGGCACGAUCACUCUAGAACUAUUCGCGAGCCAAUCACACAUUUGGCUAGCGGCCGACACGCACGGAGUUCUCGUUUUGAUCCCCAGUGCGCCGAUUUUGAACUUGAUACUGACCUCUUAUAUUUUCAUUUGUACUGCCCAUGAAAUACAUAAAUUGACUGGUGUGAUAUUACCCUACGCGGUCCCGGAUGAUUGGAGGUUAGUUUUGAGGAAUUUCGCUAUUUUCUUAGCGGUCCUUGUGCCGAUUGGUAUCCAUGAUGGUAUGUUUUAAGAAUUUUUGAUGUCUAGGCAGUGUUUUGACGAAUUUCCGAAAUAAUACAGGUACAUUGUAGUAGAGAAUUCAAUGGGCCAUAGAAAAAACAAAACAAAAGUCUGGAAUUAACUCACAAUGUCACCAUUUGAUCGUAGACGAGAAAACUCAUUUUGCUAUGCUAUCUCGUCUUCUAUAGUUUCCUGCGUCUUUGUGUUUGAUAGGAAUAUAUGACGGCGUUACGUCAUAAUCUCGAAUGUUAUAUAAUUUGUGAUCUUAAUAUUAUUUUUUACCAGAUCAAAAUUGUUUUUGAAAGUACAAUAAGUAUUAUAGUUUUGGUUUUAUGAUCGUGAAUAAUGUAUUUUUUAUGUUACAAUUAUUUUAUUGAUUUUCUGUGAUUUUAUACUUAUGUAUAAUUUUAAUGAUGUUACCUAAAAUGUAGAUAAAACUUAGUUGGUACGUAAUUUAUUGUAUUUAGUACGAUUUCUGAUAAUAUUUUAAAAGGUUCGAGUACGGCAUGGCUGUGUGAUUUGUAUAAGAUUUAGUUUAGAGAUUAGGGUAGUUGCCUAGUUUGAAAAUAAAAUAUAUAAAUAAAUGCAUUCACAUAAUGAAACACUAUAAAACAAAUGUCACUUUUAAUUAAUCAUUUGUAUUUAUAGUGAAAUUUAGUUUUUUUUUUUUUUGUUCUCGUUAAAGUAUAAAUAAAACUAUUUAGAUUUGUGGCGUCACUUGAGCCCAAUGUCAUAAAAGCAACGUAUAUAUUUGUUUGCGUCACGUGGGAUAACGUAUCUCAUUUGCCUUGAUCGCAACUACCCUAUAGUGAUAGUGUUUAUUGUUUUAACGAAAUCAUGGCUAUUAUUUGUGUGAAUAUUUCAGAUCGCCAUUUAAGAUUAGUCCCGAUUUUCCAAUGGUUGGUAAUAUGUUGGAUACAUAUUGAUUUGAUAACUUAUAUCGUUAUAAUAACACUUUAGUAAUGUAGUUGAUCACACUAUCGUCAAACGACUUGAUCAAAUUCAAUUGUGGUGGGUCGUUGACGUUUUUCGAGCCAACGACCACUCAACUGCUUUUUUUUUCAACGAGCAACUAGUUACUAAACCAGUUGUCGUUGCCAACUAGAUUGAUAUAACAACGUGGCUUUGUUUUUCAUGUGAUUCAUACAGUUUUUGGCUCAACACAUUGCACGUAGGUAGGCAAAACAGUUGAGAACAAUAAUAAGUUAGAAAGAAAUACAGUUUUUUCCUUUCACACUACAGUUCUAAGUUCGGUUGUUCAGGUGGCGCGCCAUGUCUCGCGCGGCGCUUCGCUGGAAGCAAACCAGUUGGGCAUUCCAACUACAUUUUGCCGUUAUGAUCAAACUAGUUGGAUCAUUGAGCAUAGAAAACAGUUGAAUAAAAUCGGUUAGUUGAAAUAACGCCCACGACUAAAAUAUAAUGAUUUGUACUCGAUUUCGACAAACGAUUUUCGUAAAAAGUAUGCCAUAGUGUUAUAAAUUAAAAUUGUAUUAAACAUACAUACAAUCCAUUAUAAUUUUAUAAUUGUGAAAGUCUGUUUCGAUUUCAUAGCUAAACCGAUUUUGAUUAAAUUUUGUGUUUUAAUCAAAGAGGCGAAUUCAAACACGCUACAGUUUUUUUUUUCAAAUUUCUACCUCUAGACCGAAAAAAGGGAGUUAAAAUUUGUAUAGCAAACGCACCCAAUUAAUUCAUUUUGUUGUGUAGUUGCGGGCAACAACUAGUUCGCUAUAAACUUCAUCAAAAUUACGUCUUGAGUGUUGUUAAAUAAAAAAAUAUUAAACACAUAAACAUAUUACACACGCUAAACAUAUUGUCCAAAUGAAAAUAUUACUCGUGCUGAUUACUAGAAAAUGCCAUUUAAGCCGGGACGUCAAAUAAUAGGAGGAUAUUGUUUUUAAUAAUAUUUUGACGAAAGAACUUUGUGCGUUAAAUUGUUUCCUUUCAAACACUAGAUUGACUGGAAGAAAUCCCUUUCUGGGAUAAGUCCGCCUUUGUACGAGCCUUUUUUUUUAUUUUACUACUUUCUCUCUAUGUGUGUUCUUCGUGCAAUAAAGAGUUUACAAACAAACAAACAAGUCCUCGGCCACAUGUAAGAGAGCGUGCUGCAUGUUGCCGACCGCUGACAGACCGCUAACAGUAAUAUAAGAAUAGUUAACAUAAUUCCACAAGUGUGAUCUCCUAACAUAUUAGUUUCGAAUGGUUUAUGGGCAAAAACUAAUUUUUGAAAUUGUAUACCUAGUCUUACGCUGAUGUGUAACAUUUAAAAUUUCACCAAUAGGUUGAGUACAAUGUUAGGUAAUUAACGUACUUAAGUAUUUAAGGUUUGGAACAACUGUAUUUCUCAUAAGAAUUAUAUAAAAAUUAAUUAUUUACUGAGAAAAAUCAAUAUUUGCAGAAUAAUGCAAUAAGAAAGCUUUUAAAUAAUAAAUGACAUGUUGUUAAUAUCUCAUAAAUUGUAUACACAUACAAAAACUUGAACAAAUAGAUAGCAGGCGCUUACGCAAAUAUGUAUGGUUUUAGUUAAAUUCUUAGUUUUCAUGUAUAUAUACAUACAUACCAUGGUUGUGGAAUCUUUUGUGUUUUGCUCGAAUCUAAAGUCAUUAUCAUAUGUCCAGGUAAAAUUGUUUUUUUUUUUGUUAUAUAGUUGUAGGCUAGUAUUAAUAUUGUUUUACUUUCACUUGUAUUGUCAUAAUUUAGUUAACCAAAUCACUCAAAAAUUGAUGAAGAGAAAUAUAUUUGAUGCAUAUUUUUGAUAUUAUGUAUUAUUUAUUAGGCAAACUUCCACAGAAAGAGAGACAACGGAAAAUAGAGAAUUUUUGAGCAUUUCGAUCAUCGUCAUUACUCCUUCAAAUUUUAACAGAGUCAAGAUUGUUUUUACUACCAUACUACGAUUAUAGAUAAUAAUAUGUGUUGGCGGUAAUGUUAAAUUUUUUCAAUAUUUGAUUUCUAAGAUUUUUAGAAAGGCUCUUUAUUUUGAAGGACGGUGAUGACGGCGGUCAAAAUGCGGUAUAUUCACCGAGUUUCGGAGAACAAGUAGUUGCAAUAAGAUUUUACGCCAGUAGACAGUUAUCAUCAUUCAAUAUUGAAGUGGCGUUUUUAAUAUUUAUAUCUCGAAUUUUUCUCAUGAUUUUUUUUGAGUUAGGCAUUGGACGGAGCCCUACAAUAAAAUUUGUUUUAUGUCCACUGACAGUAAAGUUGUCACUAUUGUGUGACUUUCAAUACCGAUCAUAUUUUAUAGUUAAUAAAAAUUAUCAAUAGAUCACAUUAAAAAGUCUUAUCUCAAACGCGUUUUUCAUUUCAAUAGGCUACUAUAGGAACUUUAUCUAUUUGUACAAUUUUAUCAUGGAACCCCUAAAGAUGCUUUGGAGCUCCACGAAGCACACUUUGAGAACCGCUGAUCUAUUUAAGUAAAGUAUCUCAUAGAUUUUUAGAUCUGAGAUCUUUGUAACGUAAUAAUUCUCGUUCUAAAAAAGCUUGUACCUAAAAUAGUGUUUAAACAUAUUUUAUGAUUUCGCAAUAACUUAUUUUUGGAAACGUAUAAGUUGUGAAUAAUGUAAAAAUAAAUUUAAAUAAAUACCUACACAAUAAUUAUGUGAACACACUGUGAUUUUGUUAUAUUUUAUACAAAAUGAAUAAUUCUGAUCGGAAUAAAUGUCAUAAUAAAAAGUU